AUGCUUUGGCGAACGGUCGCCGGCUACGUGCUACUCGAACGUCAUCGACCGUCGCCGUCACCGAUUAAGUUGACAUUUCUACAGCUUGCAUGGGCUCUACCUUAUUUAUUGCUUGCCAACUACCUCGAACGGUCACUUUUACCGUUACGUCUCCUAUGCUACACUCAAACCGACCUUCUCUCCCCAGAACCGUUAAACAACGAUGCUGCACAAUGUGUCCGGCAAUACUUCCCAAACCGUUCACCUGAUCCAGACUGUAUGCUGUCAACAACACCGAAAAUCAUACUGAGGCCUACACUUCCAGAUCAACCACAACGAAUUCUCUUUAUAAGAACUGGUCCAAAAUCUGUGGAUUAUCGCAACUUUAUUAGGGAGACAUGGAAAUUGCAGGUCGAUCUAUUUGCACCAGUCGUAUUCGUAUGUGCUGGUAAUGGUGAUGAUAAAAUUGCUUCCGAAGCUAGCCGAUAUAAAGAUAUGCUACAGUUCGAUUUUAUCGAUUCAUAUCACAAUUUGUCGCUAAAAAUGAUGGCGAUCUAUGGAUAUGUAUUGUCUGAAAUACCGUCUGUAGAAAACAUUAUAGUUACUAAUGAUGAUACAAUAGUAAACAUUACUGCUUUGGCAGAGCUCUUUCCUCUACAAUGGCACGGUCCUUGGAUGUUGGGCAAAGUUUCGAGAGGUUAUCCACGGUUAUUUAUGCCUUGGUUACCAUGGCAUGUUCCCGGUGAAAUGUAUUCAAGUUUAUGUUAUCCACGAUUUACGCAGGGUUCAUCGUUCAUUUUAUCACGGGAAGCAGCACAAGUAUUGCUAGAGAACAUUUGCAAAACUCCAUUCGUACAUCUUGAUGAUAUUUUAAUGGGAAUCAUCGCAUCCUGCACACGACUGAAACAGCUCCACCAUGGAGGCUUUGACAAACACAUAUUUGAAGAUUUCGUGGUAUACCAUUAUCAGUACUCUCGACAUUCUCCAUUGCACUUACGGCAGCUGUGGAGCUCAAUUCCAGUAUCAUCUUAG